UUUCUUAAGGCGUUUGAGAUUAGGGUUUUGGAAACGCGUAUAAAUGUAGCACUUAAAUUCUUCGGAGCGGAGGCGUCGUAAUUCGUAAACCCCCCUCUCUGUCAGAGUCUUGCGCCGUCUCUCUCUCUGCGACUUAGAGUAGCGAUGGCCGCGGUUCCAGAUCAGUUAAUCUGGGAGAUCGUUAAGAGGAACAACUGCUUUCUCGUCAAGGAGUUCGGGCGAGGCAACGCCAGCGUCCAGUUCAGCAAGGAGAGCAACAACCUCUACAAUCUCAACUCCUACAAGCACUCCGGGUUGGCGAACCGAAAGACGGUGACGAUUCAGCCGAGUGGCAAAGAUCUGUCGGUCGUGCUGGCGACGACGAAGACCAAGAAGCAGAACAAGCCGGCGAGUUUGCUUCACAAGUCGGUCAUGAGAAAGGAGUUCCCUCGCAUGGCCAAGGCCGUUACCAAUCAGGUUUCUCAUAACUACUACAGGCCAGAUUUGAAGAAGGCAGCCCUUGCAAGGCUUAGUGCCGUUCACAGGAGCCUUAAGGUUUCAAAGUCUGGCCUCAAGAAGAGGAACAGGCAGAAUGCUAAGAUCCGCGGUAGGAAGUGAGAUGCUUGGGACUGAGUUGUCAUUUCUUGUUUCUGUCGAGUCUUUUCCUUUGUGUUAAUCUCUUUUUGUAUGCAAAAGAACUACCCCUUUACCACAAAAGGGAAAACCCAGUUUUUAACAUAAUAUUGCCCUAGUUUGUUCUGCAA